UAGGACGCAGUACCAGCAAGUACUGCGGUACAGCCUAUACUGCAUCCUGAUGAAGCAGCACGAUCGAUGAAUGCCUCGAGCUCCUCGGACGACGACGAUGCGCCGGGCGCCAGCACCUGGGAGGGGGAGGAUGAGACCUCGGAGUCCAGCGGCGACAGCAACGCUGCAGGCGAAAGGGCGCUGCGCGUCGAGGCGGCCGCGACGAAGCGCUUGUCGCUGAGCGAGCGGCUGCGGCGCCUCGACGCCGCCGCCGCCGCCGCGCCGCCGCCGCCGCCGCCGCCACGGGGCGUGAAAACCAAGCGGCGGCGGCGCGACGCCGCGACGCCGCCGGGGCGCGCCUCGAAGAACGCGCCGGCCGAGGCGUCGUCGCGGCGCCGGCCGCCGGCGCCGCGCCGACUCGGCGCCGACGCGCAGCGCCGCGACCCGCGUUUCGACGCGCUGUCGACGGGCGGCGACGCGGCCGCGGCGACGCGGCGCUACGCGUUCCUCGCCGAGCGCGAAAAAGAAGAACUGAAGGCGUCGCGCGCCUACCUGAAGACGAAGCGCGGCCGGCGCGACGCCGCCGCGCGCGGCGACUACGAGCGGCGGGUGUCGAAACAACGGCAGCGGGAACACGACGAAAGGCGGCGCGCCGUCACCGCGCGGUUUAGAAGAGAGGAGCGCUCCAAGGUCAAGAAGACGGGCAAGGCGCCGUACUACACGAAGCGGAGCGUGUUGAAGGGGGCCGUGGCCCAGGACCGCUUCGCCGACCUAAAAAAUCGGGGCAAGCUCGGCGCGUUUCUGGCCAAGCGGGGCCGAAGGGCGGGGCUCCUGGAAAAGGGAGCCCGGAAGCAGGGUAACGACCCGGCACGAUGA